GGCGGAAAUGUGCGGUCUCUUCAUGUUGUCAGCAUCGGCGAUUCAAAAAAUCACAUCAUAAGCCUCAUCCUGUGUUUGUCUGCCACAUAAUCUGUAUGCAGCGGUGUGUCUCAGGUGUGUCACAUAUAUAUAAGUAAGGCUCUGGGUUUUGGAGGAAUGCAAGAUGCAAAAAGACUCAGUGCACUUUUCCACCUCUGGCCAAAUGAUGCACAAUCAGGCUGUCACUCAAGAAUCCCUGAUCAAGCCCCUCCGCUGUAAUCACUGCACACUCAUCUUCAAAUCCAAAGUCUACCUUUUUCAACAUCUCAACGAGAUGCAUGGCUUUGAUGUCGAUGCUGCGCUGAGAGAAGCUGGUUUAAAACUGACUGACAAAGCCACUGACAAAAGCAGCACUUCAGGAAAUACUUUUUCGUGCCAGCACUGUGAUUUUAAAGCUUGUAACUGGAGCGUUUUAAACCAACAUGAGAAACAGUGUAAUAAAAAAUCAGAGGACGGGAUGGGAAAUCCUAUCAUUUCUGAAAACCCGGAAACCAAAAUAACUGUUGUUUCUACAAACCAGCACAGGAAAGGUGCAGUUAUGUCUACCUCAAAAACUACACCUAACUCAUCAAAGGAUCUGAAAACAUACAAGAGGCCAUUGCAAACCAUCACCAAAUACUUUGCAGCACCAUCUGGAUCAGAUGGGAAACCGUCAGUGACGUUGGCUAAGAACCCAGUGCUUCUAGAUAGCACCAAAGGAACCCUGAUUCUGCAAGAAUCUCCCUCAAGCUCCAGCCCAAACAGUAGCGGUGUGUUUAAAGUCACUGCAAAGUCCAUGAUCGAUCUCUCCAAAACGGUUUCAGACCAGUUUCUGUUAAGUGACUACCCUUUAAUUAGACCAACAAAGAGGACCAAUAGUGAACACUCAGAGAGUCAGCCUGCUAAAAAAGCAAAGGUGGACCAAGAAAAGACAAAGCUGCCAGAGAAAACCAACGCAAAGAAAGAGCUGGCAUCAAGCAGCACAGAGUUUUUCUUUGACAUUAGUGAAGACGAAGAAGAAAAGAAGGUUUAUCUUUGUAACAGAAACAAAGAAAGCCCAGAAGUUUACUUUUGUAAGCACUGUGACUACAGUGAUGUGGACAUCAGACGUAUGUGUACCCAUUACCAGAACAGUCAUCCUCACAUAAGAUAUAAUGCUGUCUACAUUCAGGAUCCAAGUGAUCAGAGUGCUACCUUUCGUUGCCUGGAAUGUCCUGUGGAGUUUUUAAGUGUAGCUGACCUCAAGAGACAUUACACAGAAAAUCAUCCAGAGGCUGCAAAAUUAUUCACAGUGCAUUCACAGGAACUCAGUUUGGUUUUCAAAUGUUUUCUGUGUCCAUAUACCACCAACGAAUUGAAGGUCUUGAAAGAACAUUACAAGGAAGAGCACCCAAGACAUAAAGUGGAUAAUUCCUUGUGGUACUGCAGAUAUUCAGCGACUAGAGUCCAAGACGGAUCAUCUCAGUUGAAUACAUGUGAGAAAGUGCACAGUCUGGAAAAAUCAGAAGGGAUGUCUCCCAAGAAUGCAAAGGCACAAUAUGAGGAAGUCAAGAAUGCACCCUCAUCCCAACAGCCCACCUCCAAAGAAGCAGAUAUGGUUUUCUAUCAUUGCAGCAACUGUAAGUUUAGUCACAAGUCAGUUGUUGUUAUGCAUGUCCACUAUCAGAAAAGCCACCCAGAAGAAACAGUCACGAUAGACAAAAUCAAACAGUUGGCUUGUGUCACAUCACCUGCAACAUCGCAGAUGACGCCUGAGAAGUUUGUGACAGUAAUAGAACACUCUACAUCUCAGAAGAACAUCCCAGAUACCUCUGAAAAAGCAAGAGACGAAGCUGAGCUGUCACAGCAAAGGAUUUCAGUGUCUUUGAUGAACACACCAGAUGCUACAAAGACUCGCUGGGAGUCCCCCAAAACUAAGGAAGUGAAAACUCCAGAGGACAGAAACAAAACAAAGAUGUCACCUACCAACAGGAGGGAAAUGUCUGCUGGAAUGGACAGUCCCCCAGAUAAAAUGUUCUACUGCCAGUUUUGCAGCUAUUCAAGUACCAGCGUCAGAAGCAUUAUUGGUCAUCACAACGCGAAACAUAGUGCGUGUGGAGUAACAGGGACAGGAGAAAUCUUGGGAUAUAGCGCUGAGGUGCAAAAAAAGAAACUUCAGAGUGAAGCCCAGGCCUCAACAAGCACUGUAUCUUCUGAUUCUAAAACUAGUGAACUAGUUGAGGCAUGUGGAGAUCAAGAAAUGCAACACAAAGAGGAUGACGUAUCAGAUGCUUCCAUGACGGGAUUUAAUCCGUAUGCUCGUGCAGAAAACUUGUUUUACUGCCAAAAGUGCAACUUUGGAAAUCCAACUGUAAAAGGAGUAUUGAACCAUCAAGCCAUAGUUCAUCAUCGCAUUAAUUCCAGCAGAACCUGUAUUAUUGAACAUACAGCAUCGAUUCGUGAUGAAAUUGCAAAAUCAAAAUCUCGCUCAAAGGAGUUACCGUUUUCUACUCAUCUACCUCUUCCGCUUAUAAAUGAAGGAGAUGAAAAUAUGUUUUUCUGCCAUUACUGCAACUACAGACAGAAUAAUGUGAACCAGCUAAUGAAACAUUACUUUAAAAGACACCGUGGAUUUGAGAUUAAGGCCGAACAGAUUCGUCUGUAUACUUCCGUGGUUCUCAAGCAGACACAGAAAUCACACCUAAAAACAACUACAGGCCCAGAAGUUAAUCAUGCUUCCCUGGGGGAAGAAGAAAAUAAAAAGAACAAAACAAAGACGCUCACCAAAUGCUUGCCAUUCUCAGUAUCACCCUCAGUGAGAGCCACACAAACACAGAGGAUCCUUCGCUGCCACAGAUGUUCAUACAGCAGUCAGUAUGUGUAUCUUCUGAGGAGGCAUAUGUGGCGGGUUCAUCUGGCAAAUCGCUCGAUCAAUGAUGUGUUAAAAGUGUGUUUUAAGCAAGGAAUGUUACAGUCAGGGUAUCACUGUGACUUGUGUGUUUUCUCUCACAAAAGUGCAGAAGUUGUCUAUAAGCACUACCAGGAACAACACCCAGGACGUAAACUGUCUUUUGAGUAUGUAUCCACGCGGUUAUAUGUCGGCCCUGACACAUGCCCUCCUAAAAGGAAGAAACUUCAAAUAAAGUACACUGAUGGCAUGAGUGAUGACGAUGGCACUGAUGGCAGUUUACAAUCCCAAAGAUUCGGACAAAACGAAACCAAGAUGUAUUCGUGCAGAGCAUGUUCAUUUAAAGGUAGGUCAGUGUCAUGUAUGACACGCCACUACCGUGCUGUUCAUCCUUGGUCUGUGAAAGAAGACGGCUCAGUCCUGAAUGUCACCACCAACAAGAAAUCAAGUGCAAACAGCAAUGUGGAAGACCUCAAUGAAAUGCCACUGUCAUUUGACAGCUACCAAGUGCCUCUUGAAUUUGUCAAGUCACCUGGUUCAUCUCAUGAAACACCAGCGUCUCCCCUCAAGUGCCGCUACUGCCCUGCAGUGUUUCACACCCAGCGCGGUCUCAGCACUCACUGCGGCAUGAAACACCAAGAAGCUGCGAGUGAAAAUUUAGAUGAACAGCAAGUACAAAUGCAAACGCGUGUGCAUGUCUUCAAGUGUCCAUAUUGUACCUAUGUCAAUAACAGCUAUCAAGGAGUUCUCACUCACUGCCAGAUGAAGCAUCCUGCCUUCGUUUCCAGGGCAGACAGCCUCCACGUGGAUGAAACACAUGUACGCUGUUGGGAUGACUUGCCAAGAAAAGGUCCUGGUGACAGUUUCAGACUUAGUGGCUACAUGUGUAAAACCUGCUCUCAGAUCUAUGCAACGCUGGAGAAGCUGAAUAAGCACUGUGAGAAUGACCACAAUGAGACUGUGCCAAACAGACUCAAACCAGCUCGUAACCCAUCAGCUGUUAGUAAAAGACAACAGUCUUAUACCCACAGCUCUCUAGGAUCGGUAUCAAAGGCUUCCUUUUUACGGAAGAAAGCAUAUGCAGUGAUAAAGUGCCAGCAUUGCAGUUAUAGUUGCAGCACAAAACUGGCACUCUCUCGGCACUUGCGUGCUCACCACAGGUAUGCAUCUGUUCCAAAGGUUAAAGAUUGUGUGUAUAAGUGCGUCCUGUGCUCCAGAUCUUAUUUCAGGAAAAAGCGUCUUGGGGACCAUUACACUGAGGAACAUGGAAAGGACGCCUUCUUAAAAUACUAUGCACCAAUAUACAAGCAGGCCCCAGAGAAGUCAGCACGGACACCUCCGGACUGCCCCUCAGCACAGCAACCAGAAAACACUUCUGACACAUAUCAGUCAAUCACAAUGACAGAACAAAACAAAAUAUUAGUCUACAGUUGUCCAAGCUGUCCCUAUGUGAAUGCUAGCUACCACGGGACUCUCACUCACUGCCAAAUGAAGCAUCCAACCAUCACAGCCAGGGCAGAUGAACUUAAAACGGAUGAAGUCCUUUUAACCAACAUGGUCGGGUGUACGACGGGAAAAGGUUCUAAUAAAAGAGGGUUCUUGUGUAAAAAAUGUCCACAGAUUUAUGCAUCAUUGAUAAAACUGAAAGUCCACUGUGAGAGGGACCACAGCCAGGCUGAGCAAGCAGCCUACGAACAUUCAGCUGAAACUAAAGAACAGUCCUAUCAUGGCUCAGCAAUGGAAGCUGCCUCUUUGCAAAACAAAACAUGUCAAGUGUCAGCACAAAACAAGGAAUCACUGUACGAGUGCCACAUGUGUACUUAUAAAGGAAUGUGUCGAAAGUACCUGCAUUGCCACUACAAAAAGACUCACAAAUUGGAUGCACUCAGCACAUACAAGCAGCUGGAAAAGUAUAACAAACGUAAACGCCACUACCUGCCCAAAGCUGCAUCUGAAGAAAGUGCACAUGUCAAAUGUAAGAAGUGUCCAAACUUAGCGUUUGACUCUUCUCAGCUGCUCAUUGCCCACUAUAGUACCUUUCAUAGGUCAGAAUGCACGUUGGACUUCACUGUAUUAUCAAAAGAAUCAAAGAAGAGUCUGGGGAUUUACAAAUGUGCCCACUGCAGGAAACAAUUAAAUGGAAUUAGAAAGCUGUGUCGCCACCUGGAUAACCACAGAGCAUGGAAGAAAAAGAAGACAAUGCCUGCAAAGGCAUCAUUUGUCACAAUGACAACACCAGAGGCCGCAUCCAUUGAGAUCUGUAAGCAAGAUGAACUGCCUAUGUUAGAAACUGUGGAGGAGCUGACCCAGUGGAAUGUGAGGCCAGCAGAGACCUUCACUUUGCCAACAAGUCCACUGCCAUCUCCUUCAAAACCCACUGAUGUAGAGCAGCCAGAGCUAGAAUCAAGACAAGACAGACACACUUGCAAACAGUGUGGGAGGACAUUCAUGUCCCUGAAAGGUCUGCGCUCACAUGAGCGCAGCCAUGCAGCCCUGGCAGCCAUCAAGAAACUGGUCCAUCUGCCUACCUCACCACUUAACCACAACAUUAACAAAUACGUCCUUUACAAAUCUGGGACCAUAAAGCCUUUCCUGUGUAGUUUCUGUUCCUAUCGGACCACCGUCUUGGGCCUGUGGAGGAGUCAUUUUAUGAAAGCUCAUCAAGAUGUCAUUCAGAAUCUUGCGGACACUGACAGCCAAAAUGAGGAGGACGUUCAGAGGGCCCAAAAGGAGCCUCCUAAUUUAACAGAGGAAAAGAAUCAUUUGCCUGAACCUGAUGAAGAACCUGAAAUGACUGAAAAAGCGCUGUACUUGGAGCCCCCAGAUGUGCAGCGACAGCUGAACCACUACAGCUUGAUGGCACACACUGGUGUCUCAUCGAUAGCGAACCUGCAGGAAACCGAAUUACCUGAGAACAGUCUGCUUCACUGUGAGUUCUGCAAUUUCAACACUGGCCACCUGUCAAGUAUGCGACGACACUACUCAAAUCGCCAUGGGAAGAAGAUCCUCAGGUGUAAGGACUGCAACUUUUUCACUGGUAUAAGAAAAACCCUGGAGAUGCACAUGGAGACCGGUCACUCUACCUGCCAAUCAGAACCUACUCAUCAGAAGGACCUCCGCUGCCCAUUCUGCCUCUACCAGACCAAGAACAAGAAUAACAUGAUUGAUCACAUUGUCUUACAUCGUGAGGAACGUGUUGUGCCAAUAGAGGUGCGUCGCCCGAAGCUGUCACGUUACCUUAAGGGCAUUGUCUUCCGCUGUCACAAAUGCACUUUCACAAGCGGUAGUGCUGAAAACCUGCGUCUGCACAUGAUGAGGCAUGAUGACAUCAAACCCUACAAGUGUCGGCUGUGCUACUUCGACUGCACUCUGCUGAGCGACUUGGAGGCACACCUGAGUGAUAAGCAUCAGGUUGUGAGGAAUCAUGAGCUUGUGGGUCAGGUCAGCCUUGAUCAGCUAGAAGCAAGGGUUGGUAGAAUGCCAGAAGAGGAGGAUGAACCCUUAUCAGACUUGGAGCACCGUCACAUUGAGAGCAAGGAUGUCGAAAUGGAGGAGUUUGUUACAGUCUUUAAUGAUGUUCUACAUGAGACACAAGCUGAGAACCUGGCAGUGAUGAAGGACGCAUAUCCGAAGCAUGAGCAGGACCCACAAGAACAGGAAGGUACUGUGUUCAUGCCAGUCGCUGCAAGAGGACAGAGGAUAGAAGAUAUAGUAGAGCAAAAUGUUGGGAAGGGAAGCAAAGCAGAUACCCAGUUUGAAGGCUGCUGUGGUCCAGAGAGAGUGAGGCAGACAAAUGAUAACCAAGCCCAAGCCAAACUGAGAGGUAGUGAGGACAGCAGCAUAAUGUUCUCACAGCAAAAAGAGGAAGCAGCCGUGGGGAGCUCAAGAACAGAUGGUAGAAUAGCUGAAAAAACAGAGGCACACAAGUUAGCUAUUAAGGCAUUUCAGCAUAAAGCACUGAACAUCGAAGCUAGAGUAGAACAUGAUACACUGCAUCGUAGCAUCGACAAGAUACACGAGAGAGCAGAUCAGGACGCAACGGUCAAGAUAGAGCCGAACAUUGAGAACGACUGUGUAGAUAAUACUCUAAGUGAGGUGCCUGAUGACGGACAACGGACGGACACUUUGACGGACAACCCAAAACUUAAAGUUAGUUUGGCAAAUAACAUCAGGGGUCAGGAGAGUUUUAAAGUUGAAAGGCAUUUGCCAACACUUCUGCCCAGCUGUGCACAACUUAAGAUAACCAAUAAAGAGAGCUUAGAUGUCCCAAUUACAGAGUGCAAAGAAGAACAAAUGUGCAAAGAGGAACAAGUUCACAGUGAGGAGGCUACAGACCCGUAUGGAGAGAUGCCAGUGCUUGAGAAUGAGUAUCUAAAAGAGAUGUUGCACCCUCUUGGAUGUCACAAGGAGGAGGAAGAAGAAAACAACGAUCAUCUUGAGCAGAGGCAGAACAAAGAAGAAGAGGUGAUCACUGAGGCCAACAAGAACCGAUGCAAGGAUCAGGAACAUGAGGAGGGAGACAGGAUAAAGGAGGCGGACAGUCCACACACGCACAAAAGUGCAUUCACAGCCACAGGUGGACCUGCUGCAGGCCUGUGCCCAUCAGUUACAGAAAAGAAACUUUAUACAUGUGAGUUUUGUGGACGAAACCUCAUGAACAGCUCUGAAUUGAAGCGUCACACUAUGCGACACGGAAUAUGAUGUUUUUCUUUACAUUGCGGAUGGCAGAAGGAGCUUCCACUGUUGAUUGUUGUUUGGGAAGUUACAUUUUCACGAACCGUCCUCUUUUACUGUACUGUGUAUUUGUAAACAACCUGCUAACAAAUUAAUUUUUCAUGUUUUAUAGAUUUUAAACCUUUUCUAAUAUAAUAUUCUUAUGGUGCAGCUGUUGUGGUUAGGAUUUAAUUCAAUAAAUAAAAUUUCACAACAAAGCUGGUGACUGCACAGUGUGUUACACAUUGUCAUUAAGAUCCUAUUUAGAUUUGUCACUAAUGAAAAAUAUACAUUCAAAGAUCCUCUUUUUUUUUCCUUUUGUCGCCGCAGAAAAUGUGAAGGGAGAUAUUAAUCAGAGGUUACUGCUGUCAAACAUGUAAAAAUGUUUACACUGAACUAUUGUUACAUAGAAACUUUAUAACAUCCUUGUUAAAUACCGAGAACUGCACCAACCUCAAUACUGUGUAACUGUGGAAAUGCUUUUGCUGCCUUCAGGUGCUGCCGGGUAUUUGAACCUAAUGUGUACCUUGCCAUUGAGAAAGUAAAUAGUUUCAGCAAGUACAGUAAGAAAUACAACAGUAUUUGGUCUGAUGUCCUAUGUAAAUGUUAAACUUAUGCUUAUAUUUUAAUCUUUUUGUCAUAUGAUAACAUUUACUUUUGUUCUAAAUAAACUGAAAGUGUUGCU